AUGUGGCCUUUCACAUGUCUUGUUGUAGUCUCGUUUCCCAGCUACAUCAACCGAUGGAUGGGCGUCUCGAUGGUACUGGCUGCCGGACUUGCCUCAUGGAGAACGGCUACUAAUCUUUCUCCUGACGGCACACUCAAUGAGAUGUAUGUACGAUACAUCUUGAUCGGCGGAUCACAUGCUCUUGCAAUGGCAUACAAGAAUCCCUUGACAAAAGAGGUCCCCAAUGCUCUCGAACCGCGAUAUGUAAAAGCAUCGUGGAAUCCCUGGUACAGAGGCUGGAAAACCGUCUUUAACGUCCGCGGCAUCGGAACGGAGUGGGAGAACCCAUACCUCUGGCCAGGCAUCAAGCACACCUGGCAAGCCCAGAAGCCUUCGACGAAAGUCAAAGACCCUGAUACCAAACUCCUCACCACUCGACACAACCUCACAGCGCGAGGCAGAUGGUCAGGCAUCGCCAUCCGAUGCGCAUACCUGCUGCUGAACUUCUUUCUCUUAGCAGCAUACUACGAGUUCAUGGAUGCUCAAAAGCUGCUCAGUGUUCCGCCAUCGAUGUCAGACUACACCCGCGACAAGGAAGGCGUCAUACGCCGCCUAUUGCAAACUUACCUGACGAGCAGCGGUCCCGCAACGCCGGUGACGACUCGCGAGUUCCAGCUUCGCGCCCUCGAGGCAUUUGACAAAGUCGUCGGCGACUUCCUCCUCAUUUCUCUCUACCACGAUACAUGCGCCGUGGUCUGGAUGGCCGUCGGUCUAGACGAAUCAUGGGAGUGGCCUCCGGUCUAUGGCAGAAUCCGCGAGGCAUACACCAUGCGCAGGUUUUGGACAAUGUAUUGGCAUAGGACGUUCUACAAGUCGUCUAACAGCCAUGCUGCGCUCAUAUCGACUCACAUACUCGGCAUCAAGAAGCGUACGAUAUUCACCAGGGUUCUGAACGCAUUUCUGGUUUUCGGGAUCAGUGGAUUUAUGCAUUCGAUGGUGGAGGCGAGGCUUGGACAUCCUUGUGCGUGGGGAAGGAAUAUGUGGUAUUGGGCGCUGCAGCCUGUUGCGUUUGUGCUUGAGGGUGUGGUUCAGUUCUUCUGGGGGAAGUUAAGGAGGAGGAUCGAGGGCCCUGGUGAUGCUUGGGCGUUGAACGCGUUUGAAAGAUUGGCGGGGUAUUCGUGGGUGUGCGCUUGGUUGAUAUGGGAGGCGCCGAAGCACUCUUUCCCACUUAUAACAUGCUCGUAG